CACUUCCGGUUUGUGGUGUUUCGGCCAUUCAUUGGCGAAGUAAUUGUCGGCAAAAUCAGGUCGUGUUCUCGCGAUGGAGUCCUCGUCUCUUUGGGCUUCUUUGACGACAUUCUAAUACCUCCUCAUUAUCUUCAGGACAACUCUAUAUUUGACGAGAAGGAGCAGCUGUGGUACUGGGAGUACGAGUCCAACAAACUAUUUAUGGAUAUCGGAGAGAAGGUUAGGUUUAAGGUGAAAGAGGAGGUCUUUGUGGACACAUCACCGGUCGGUCCCACAGCCGCUGCCUCCUCUGUGGUCGCUUCCGGUGAUUCCAACUCUUUGGGCGAUAAUAAGCGCAAAAUUCCGUUUUUAAUUAAAGGAACGAUAAACGAGUCCGGAUUGGGUCUCAUCUCGUGGUGGAAAGAAUGACACCAAUUAGUGAUAUCAUUGGAUGUAGUCAUCGACGGCUCAAUUCAUAUAUCAUUUCGUUUCAUUAAUUUAAAAUAAAUUGUAAAAUACUUUUUUUUGUUAAAAAAUUCAUAGAAAUUGUGAUCAAAAG